CCUCGAUGGGGCUCGUAGGCUGAAGUAGAAAGCUGUUACGAGUUCUGGAGCCGGCUCAAUCAACGGCCGAUAAAGCCACCCCAAAAUACCCAAAUCCCAAAUUUCUGGCGGGAGAUUUCCCCUCCCUUUAAUUUUCCUCUUCCAGGUCCCUAAUUCCUCUCGAAACCCCAAUUCUCAAAAACCAUCUCCAACCCUAAUUUAGAGAAGAAUCAAUGAGGAAAGCCGAUGAAGAGCUAAAGGAAGCCAAAAUCGAGUACGAAAAAGCAAAAAGAAUCGGAAAUCACGCCCUAGAAGCUCAAUGGGCGAACUCAAUCGCCGACAUCUUGAAGAACAAGGGAGAGUACGUCGAAGCUCUUCGAUGGCUACGAAUCGACCACGAGAUAUCGGUCAAGUAUCUUCCCUUAAAGCAGCUGCUUCCCACGUGCCAAUCCAUGGGUGAGAUUUACCUUCGAUUGGAGCAGUUCAAGCACGCCAUAACUUAUCAGAAAAAGCAUUUGGAGCUUGCCGAGGAUACUCAUAACCUAAUUGAGCAGCAAAGAGCCAAAACACAACUCGGUCGUACCUACCAUGAAAUGUUUCUUAAAUCUGAAAAUGACCAUAAUGCAUUGAGAAAUGCCAAAAAAUACUUGAAAUCUGCCAUGAAGCUUGCAAGGACAUUGAAGGAUAAUCCUCCGUGUAAUACAGCUUCAUACUGUGUUAAGGAAUUUAUUGAUGCACAUAACAAUGUAGGUUUGCUCGAAUUUGACCUUGAUAAUAUGGAUGAGGCUGAGAAAGUUCUGCUUCAAGGCCUAAAGAUAUGCAACGAUGAGGAAGUUAGCGAAUACGAUGAUGCCCGCACUAGGCUUCACAAUAGUCUUGGUCGUGUCUAUAUGGAGCGGAGGGAAUGGAAUAAGGCUAGACAUCACAUUGAACGGGACAUCUCAAUAUGUAAACAGAUUGGCCAUUCCCUUGGCGAAUCAAAGGGGUUCGUUAAUCUCGGGGAGGUACAUUUUCGAGUUCAGAAGUAUGAUGAUGCAAAUCGUUGCUAUCAGAAGGCUCUUGAUAUUGCAGAAAAAUUGGAAGAUGAGAAAGCAUUAGUUGAUCUGAUAAAUAACAAUUUCGAAACAACAAAAGAAGCAGCUAAAGUACUGCAGGAAUUAUUCAAAGAUGAGCAGAAACUUAAGAAGCUGAUGAGGACUGCAUUAGAUGUGCGGCGCACAUCAAAGGAGAGAAAAUUCCUUCUUGAGCAAUAUUCCUGCCUAGAUUCUCUGAUCGAGAAAUCCUGCAUGAUUUUUGCUUGGCAGAAACAUCUAGAAUUUGCUAAAAGAAAGAAAAAGGUGGCAAGUGAGCUCUGUGACAAAGAUAAGCUAAGUGAUUCUCUUCUGGCUAUUGGGGAAUCAUACCAAAAGCUCCGGAACUUUAACAAAGCCCGCAAGUGGUAUAUGAAGAGUUGGAACAUCUGCAGGUCUAUAGGGAACCUGGAGGGACAAGCUACAUCAAAGAUAAACAUUGGGAGUGUUCUUGAUUCUUCUGGUGAUUGGCCUGGUGCCCUGCAGGCCUUUGAAGAGGGUUACAGAAUUGCAAGAGAAGGCAAUCUACUAUCACUACAGAAAACUGCACUUGAGAAUAUGCACUACAGUCAGAUGAUUAGAUUUGAUAAUCUUGAAGAGGCCAGGAAAUUGCUGCUUGACCUUGGAAACUUAGACCAUCUACUAGAUGACAAAGAUGUUCUAGGGAAUACACGUCAUGAUUAUUGCUCUGAAACGGAAACAGAAGGUGGAAUAUCUGACAACCUAUCCAAUGCUUGUGAGUCACCAGAAGUUAGUAAUCAUGCUCUAAGGAAGCCAACUGUGCUCAAUGCUGAAGAGUCUGAUGGUCUUGUUCCUUUGGUGAAAUUUAUUCGCCAAAAUAAAAAUUUAUCUAGGACCAAGAUAACUCAGUUAGAUAGUAAUGACAAGCAGAUGUGCAAUUCUUCUCACUCAGGACAUGCUUCCUCCGGUGAUCUACACAAGUCUAUUAAUAAUCUGCAAUCUGUUGGCCGUAAACGUGCUAAGGUGGUAAUUUCUGACGAUGACACUGAUGAUCCUGAUGAUAUGGAUCAAAUGAGAAAGCGGUUCCAUGGGAGCCUCACUGAUGAUGUUGCUAGUUCAGAUAAAGAUGCAAGGAAGGAUGAACAAGGAACCAAUAAGCAGGAUACUACACGUCCCACUUUUUUGAGAGAUGUGCAUAGUACAUGUGCACCUGAUCAAACUGAAGGGAGUUCUUGCUCUUUCAAGUCCAAGAGUCCCAGUGCAUCCAAACGUGCUGUAAGUGGGUCCAAAUUAGAGAGUGGCAGUGUCUCUGGUAAUCUGCUAAAUGACCAUGAUUUUGCAGUUUGCCAUCAUAUUGAAGAUGACGACAGCCAUUAUAUUACAUGUAAAAUUGGGCAUGACGUGGUUCACAUGAACAUGGGUUCAUGCAUGGAUAGAAAAAAUGUGGACACGGAAAGCAUGAAAAUCGCAGCUGCAUGCCACUACUAUCUGAAGCUAUAUGACGAGAGAAGGUCGAACGGUUUGGCGCCUAUGUUUAAGCAUCUAAAGUACUGCGGAAAGGUUCUAGAUUCACUGGAACCAGUUGAAGUAUUGAAGGACCUUCGCGAAGAUGUUCAGAUAGAAGCUAUUAUCUGUGGAUGGGUUCCAAAGCGUCUUAUGGACCUGUAUGUGGGCUGUUGUGAGAAAUUAUCAGAGACACCCAACAUCAAGUUAGUAAAGAAGUUAUAUAGUUUGGAGGUAUCAGAAGAUGAAGUCAUUGUACCUGAUUGUGGAUUACAAGAUACAACUAUCUUUCCCUUCAUAAAUGCUCUACAGGCACACAAAACAGUUGCCGUAUUAGAUAUUUCUCAUAAUUUUUUAGGUAAUGAAACAAUGGAGAAACUUCAACAAAUGUUCUCUGCAUCAACCCAAAAGUAUGGUGGCUUGACGUUGGAUUUGCACUGCAAUCGGUUUGGCCCAACCUCUUUGUUCCAGAUAUGUGAAUGCCCAGUUUUGUUCGCUCGACUCGAAGUGCUAAAUCUGUCUGGGAACCGGCUCACAGAUUCUUGUAGUUCAUAUCUCUAUACCAUCUUAGAAAAAUGCAAAGCACUCUACAGUUUAAACAUCGAACAAUGCUCUAUCACAUCUAGAACAAUUCAGAAGGUUGCUGAUGCGUUGCGUGAUGAUUCUGUCCUUUCACAUCUCUCCAUAGGAAAGAACACGCCAAUAUCUGGAAUUGCAAUGGUUAAUCUAUUAGCCAAACUUGCAUCCUUGAAAAGAUUUUCAGAACUAAGCUUGGUUGGUAUAAGAUUAAACAAGGCUAUGGUUGAUGGCCUUUGCAAGUUGGCUAGCUCAUCCAAUCUGUCAGAACUGUUGCUUGGGGGGACUUAUAUAGGGAUGGAUGGAGCAGUGAUGUUAACUUCUGCACUAUGUAGUGGACCACAAGACUUGGUGAAGUUAGACCUGUCAUACUGUGGACUGUCAUCUCAUGAUUUUCCCAAGAUAUGUGCAAAUGUUUCCCUGGUUGGUGGACUUGCUGAAUUGAAUCUUGAAGGAAAUUUCAUUGGUCAAGAGGUUUUUGAUCCUUUAAGAACUAUCCUAAUGGACCAACAAUGCUGUCUCAAAUCUCUUAUUCUGAACAAAUGUCAUCUCGGGCUCAUUGGAAUCAUUCAGAUAAUUCAGGCACUAUCAGAAAAUGAAUCUCUGGAAGAGCUGCAUCUGGCCGAGAACACUGACAUACCUCAAGAUAGAACCUUGGAAUAUGAGACAGGCUCACCAAAAUGUUUAGAAAACAAAAUGGAAGCUGCUGAUAGCGACGACGAGGAGCCUGAACGGCCCAAAGGUAGUAGCUCUGCAAGCUCAAGUCAUAGGAGCCAGUUAGCAGGAUCUCAGUUGGUUCAAGAGCUUGGUACUGCAAUCGACUCUGCUGUGAAUUUACAACUGCUUGAUCUGAGCAGAAACAAGCUCUCAUCAGAAGUUAUUGAGGUUUUCUACGGUUCGUGGUGUUUAUCGAGCACAAGAAAUUGUGGUUCAGCAUAUAGGCAUGUUUCUAUGGAUGGAGGGAUUGUUCAUUUUUCCAUGAAGGGGAAGAGAUGUUGUGGGAUUAAACCUUGCUGUAAAAGGGACUAGGCCAUGUUUUGGUUUUGUUGUAUAUCACAUUAUUUAUCUAUAUUAAGAAGAUAAUUAUAGUCA